UUCGCUGGUCAUCGUGGCAAACUUCUCGGCUCGGACGACGCCAGUCAGGACAUUCGCAAUGCCGAAAGAAGAAGUUGGGCCGAUUUAAGACGAGUUUCGUCAUUUUCAAGAUGCUUUGGCGGGAACGAAGCACUCGCAAAUUGUGCGACGAUCUCUGGUCGAUUGACUGUCUCUGGUUUC